UCCCCCUCCCUCUCCGUUUUUUGAAAGAUAAACCAUCGCUUUGUCAUCUCGCUCUCGCUCUCGCUCUCGCCCGCCGGCUCUCCGCCGAGACAACCAGUGAAAAAUUACAGAGAGAGCCCCUCUCUCUAUCUCUCUCUCUCGUUCUCUCUCGCACUCCGAAUCGAUCGAUUCGUCGAGCUCUGGAGACGGGUGAUCAGUCGACGCGCAUCAGCUAGGGCUGCGAAUCGCGGCAUUGGAGCGGGGAAGGGGUUGAACCGCAAUGUCGGAGGAGGAGAAGUUGUUGAAGGAGGCGAAGAAGCUGCCGUGGGAAGAUCGACUGCUCCACAAGAACUGGAAGGUGAGGAACGAGGCCAACAUCGAUCUGGCCUCCCUCUGCGACUCCAUCGCCGAUCCCAAGGACCCUCGCCUCCGCGAAUUCGGGCCAUUUUUCAGGAAGACCGUUGCAGAUUCCAAUGCACCUGUCCAAGAGAAAGCACUAGAUGCUUUAAUUGCAUUUUUACGAGCUGCAGAUGCUGAUGCUGGAAGGUAUGCAAAGGAAGUAUGUGAUUCGAUUGCUGCGAAAUGCUUGACUGGAAGGCCGAAGACAGUGGAAAAGGCUCAGGCAGUAUUUAUGCUAUGGGUGGAAUUGGAGGCUGUGGAAGUUUUUCUGGACACUAUGGAGAAAGCAAUCAAGAACAAAGUUGCUAAGGCUGUUGUCCCUGCAAUUGAUGUUAUGUUCCAGGCAUUAAGUGAAUUUGGGGCAAAAAUUGUACCGCCAAAAAGGAUAUUAAAGAUGCUUCCUGAACUCUUUGACCACCAAGAUCAAAACGUUCGGGCAUCAUCCAAAGGAUUAACCCUUGAGCUUUGUCGUUGGAUUGGAAAAGACCCUGUCAAAUCCAUAUUGUUUGAGAAAAUGCGAGAUACAAUGAAAAAAGAAUUGGAGGCUGAGCUGGUAAAUGUCACAGGGGCUGCAAAACCAUCUCGCAAAAUAAGAUCUGAACAAGACAAAGAGCCUGAACAGGAAAUUGCAUCUGAUGUUGUGGGUCCUGGUCCUUCUGAAGAAGCUGUGGCUGAUGCCCCUCAGGAAAUAGAUGAGUACGAGCUUGUUGAUCCUGUUGACAUUCUGACUCCUUUGGAGAAGUCAAGUUUCUGGGAGGGAGUGAAAGCUACCAAAUGGUCAGAGAGGAAAGAGGCGGUUGCAGAGCUGACCCAGCUGGCUUCAACCAAAAAAAUUGCUCCUGGUGACUUCACAGAGAUAAGCCGUACACUGAAGAAGCUUAUUACGGAUGUGAACAUCGCUGUCGCAGUCGAAGCCGUCCAAGCCAUAGGAAACUUGGCAAGGGGACUGAGAUCCCAUUUUUCAGGAAGUUCCCGCUCCUUACUUCCGGUGUUACUGGAAAAACUCAAGGAGAAAAAACCUACGAUGACUGAAGCACUUAGUCAAACUCUUCAGGCAAUUCAUAAGGCUGGGUGCUUAAAUCUGGCCGAUGUUGUUGAAGAUGUUAAAGCAGCGGUAAAAAAUAAAGUUCCUCUUGUGCGAUCAUUAACUUUGAGCUGGGUGACAUAUUGUAUCGAAACAAGUAGCAAGGCAGUUGUUCUCAAGUUGCACAAGGAUUACGUGCCGAUUUGUAUGGAGUGCCUCAAUGAUGGGACGCCAGAAGUCAGAGAUGCUGCUUUUUCAGCUUUGGCAGCCAUAGCUAAGUCGGUUGGCAUGAGGCCUUUGGAGAGGUCGCUGGAAAAACUUGAUGAUGUCAGAAAAAAGAAACUCUCUGAAAUGAUUGGGAGUUCUGGAGGUGCUGUUCCAACUGGCACUGGUGCAGUUACUGUCCAAGCUUCUAGUGGGAUCUCUUCCUCAGUGGAGGUUGCAGACAGUUCAUUUGUUAGAAGGUCAGCUGCUAGCAUGCUUAGUGGAAAGAGGCCGCUUCCUGCUGCGAAUCUUGGCAAAAAGGGAGGCACUAUCAAAUCUGGUGGUGGCAAGAAGGGAGAGGGAGCUGCACAGGCUAAACCUUCGAAAACUGUUGAACCCGAAGAUGUGGAGCCAGCGGAGAUGAGUCUUGAAGAGAUUGAAAGCCGAAUAGGAUCUGUUAUACAAGCAGAUACUAUUUCCCAAUUGAAGAGUGCUGUGUGGAAGGAACGCCUUGAAGCAAUUGGCUUAUUGAAACAACAGGUGGAACAACUACAGAGCUUGGACCAGUCAGUAGAAAUUUUGGUUCGAUUGCUCUGUGCUGUGCCUGGAUGGAAUGAAAAGAAUGUUCAGGUCCAACAACAGGUUCUCGAUGUCAUUACAUAUAUUGCUUCCACAUCUGCUAAAUUUCCAAAAAAAUGUGUUGUCCUAUGCCUCCUCGGUACAAGUGAACGUGUAGCAGAUAUCAAAACCCGUGCUCAUGCGAUGAAGUGUCUAGCUACUUUUUCUGAAGCUGUUGGUCCUGGAUUUGUUUUUGAAAGAUUGUACAAAAUUAUGAAAGAGCACAAGAAUCCUAAGGUCCUCAGUGAAGGAAUUUCGUGGAUGUUCAGUGCAGUUGAAGACUUUGGCGUGUCAUAUUUGAAAUUGAAGGAUUUGAUUGACUUCUGUAAAGAUACUGGACUGCAAUCUAGUGCUGCAGCAACUAGAAAUGCUACUAUCAAGCUUAUAGGCGCUUUACAUAGAUUUGUUGGUCCAGAUAUUAAAGCCUUUGUUGCGGAUGUUAAGCCGGCCCUGCUCAGUGCACUUGAUGCAGAGUUUGAGAAGAAUCCAUUUGAGGGUAGUGCCGCUGUUCCAAAAAAAGCUGUUAAGGCCUCUGAAUCCAUGUUGGCUGUGUCUACGGGUGGGGAUGGCCUGCCACGUGAAGAUAUAAGUGGGAAGAUCUCCCCUUCCUUGCUGAAGAAUCUGGAAAGUUCAGAUUGGAAGGUCCGUCUUGAAUCCAUUGAAGCUGUCAACAAAAUGUUGGAGGAGGCCAACAAGCGCAUUCAACCAAAUGGAACUGUUGAGUUGCUUGGUGCCCUCAAAGGACGCCUGUAUGACAGCAAUAAGAAUUUAGUCAUGGCAACUUUGACAACCAUCGGUGGUGUCGCGUCUGCAAUGGGCCCAGCAGUUGAGAAGUCAAGCAAGGGUAUUCUUUCUGAUGUUUUGAAAUGCCUGGGUGACAAUAAAAAGCAUAUGAGGGAAUGUACUUUGGCUGCGAUGGAUUCAUGGCUUGCAGCUGUUAAUCUUGAUAAGAUGGUUCCGUACCUUGCAGCUGCUCUAAUGGAUCCUAAGCUUGGGGCUGAAGGGCGCAAGGAUCUUUUUGAUUGGUUGGGAAAGCAACUUGGUCGCUUAAGUGAUUUCCCUGAUGCCGCGCAUCUGCUGAAACCAGCUGCUACUGCUAUGACUGAUAAGUCGGCAGAUGUUCGUAAAGCUGCAGAGGCCUGCUUUGGUGAAAUUUUGAGAGUCGGUGGACAUGAAUUGGUUAUGAAGCACUUGAAAGAUAUUCAAGGCCCAGCUUUGGCUAUUGCUCUUGAGCGAUUGAAGCCUCAUGGAACAUUCCAAGAAUCAUUUGAAUUGACCAAAGCCAUACCUGUGGGGUUACCUUCCAAAAGCAGCUCUAAAGUUGGAAGAGCAGCUUCUCAUGGUGCAUCAAAGCCUGGAAGUCGGACUGUAUCUUCGAGGGUAGCUGUAUCAAAGGUCUUAAGAGGAGACUCGACGAUUUCUGUGCAAGACAUUGCUAUGCAGUCACAGGCUUUGAUAAAUACCAAGGACUCAAUUAAGGAGGACCGAGAGAGAAUGGUUGUUCGUAGGUUCAAGUUUGAAGAGCUGCGGAUAGAGCAGAUUCAAGAUCUUGAGAAUGAUAUGAUGAAGUAUUUUAGAGAGGAUUUGCACCGGCGACUUUUAAGCUCCGAUUUCAGAAAGCAAGUGGAUGGGCUUGAGAUGCUGCAGAAGGCUCUCCCAUCUGUUAUAAAGGAAAUAAUUGAAGUUUUAGAUAUACUGCUGAAGUGGUCAGUUCUACGGUUCUGCGAGUCAAACACGACAUGCUUGUUGAAGGUGCUGGAAUUUCUCCCUGAGCUUUUGAACAGAUUAAGGGAUGAAGAUUACUUGCUGACUGAAUCAGAAGCAGCGAUAUUUCUUCCAUGCUUGAUAGAGAAGUCUGGGCAUAAUAUUGCGCAAGUGCGUGAAAAAAUGCGGGAAUUGACGAAGCAAAUUGUUCAUAUAUACUCUUCAACGAAAUCGUUUCCUUAUAUUCUGGAGGGGUUGCGUUCAAAAAACAAUCGAACUCGGAUAGAAUGUGCCGACCUUGUGGGAUUUUUGAUGGAUCAUCAUGCAGCUGAGAUUUCUGGACAGCUAAAGUCCCUUCAAAUUGUUGCAAGCUUAACAGCAGAACGUGAUGGUGAAAUUAGGAAAGCCGCUCUUAAUACUCUUGCUACGGGUUAUAAGAUUCUCGGUGAGGACAUUUGGAGAUUUGUUGGGAAGUUAACUGAUGCUCAGAAAAGCAUGUUAGAUGACAGAUUUAAGUGGAAGGCCCGAGAAAUGGCCCAAAGGAAGGAGGGUAGGCCUGGUGAAGCUAGAGCAGCUUCUAGGCGAUCAGUCAGGGAAAAUGGGUCUGACAUGGCAGAGCAAAGUGGAGAAUUGUCGCGGUCUAUUUCUGGUCCUAUAUUUUCAAGGGAGAAUUAUGGUCAUGCGGAGGUUAAUAUGGAUAGGCACUUAGUGUCACAUGCUAGUAGCUCCACAGACUGGAAUGAAGCCCUGAAUAUUAUUUCAUUUGGUUCUCCUGAACAGUCUAUUGAGGGGAUGAAAGUUGUGUGCCACAAACUGGAGCAAGCCACUAAUGAUCCAGAAGGCAGUGGUAUGGAGGAUCUUGUGAAGGUCGCGGAUAGACUUGUUUUAGCCUUGGCAGAUAAGGUUGCGAAGACAUUUGACUUUAGCUCAAUGGGAGCUUCAUCAAGGUCAUGCAAGUAUGUUUUGAACACCCUCAUGCAGACAUUUCAAAAUAAACAACUUGCACAUGCUGUCAAGGAGGGCACUCUUGACCGCCUUAUUACUGAGCUUCUGCUUAGACUUUUGGAUGAAAGAGUUCCCCGUAUGGAUGAUGGAAGCCAACUUUUGAAAGCUCUCAAUGUCUUGAUGCUUAAAAUUCUGGAUAAUGCAGAUCGAACUUCGUCGUUUGUUGUCCUUAUUAACCUUUUACGUCCAUUGGAUCCUUCAAGAUGGCCUUCACCAGCUGUUAACGAGACAGUUGCCACUAGGAACCAGAAAUUCUCCGAGUUGGUUGUCAAAUGCUUAAUCAAACUUACGAAGGUCCUUCAGAGUACUAUAUAUGAGGUUGAUCUUGACCGCAUCCUUCAGAGUAUCCAUGUCUAUUUACAAGAACUGGGAAUGGAAGAAAUCAGGCGAAGAGCUGGGGCUGACGAUAAGCCUUUGCGUAUGGUUAAAACUGUCCUACAUGAACUCGUAAAGCUUCGUGGUACCGCAAUCAAGGGUCACCUUUCCAUGGUUCCUAUAGAUAUGGAACCCCAGCCAAUCAUUCUUGCCUAUAUUGAUCUUAAUCUUCAGACGUUGGCUGCCGCUAGAAUGCUAACUCCAUCUGGCCCUGUUGGCCAAACACAUUGGGGUGACUCCACUGCCAACAAUCCAACUCCUGCUACACAUUCUGCAGACGCCCAAUUGAAGCAAGAACUUGCUGCUAUAUUUAAGAAAAUUGGUGAUAAGCAAACAUGCACCAUUGGCUUGUACGAAUUGUAUCGCAUCACUCAACUUUAUCCUCAGGUUGAUAUAUUUGCUCAGCUUCAAAAUGCUAGUGAAGCCUUUCGAACUUACAUUCGAGAUGGUUUAGCCCAGAUGGAGAAGAGUGCUGCUGCUGGAAGGACUCCUUCGACUUUGCUAAUGUCUACACCACCCCCAGCUGUCCUAAACCUUUCCUCCCCCAAAUUUGCACCGUUGUCUCCAGUUCAUACAAAUUCCACAGCCGAUGUAAAAUCUAGUCAUGCGAAACCUGAACCAACAAGUUUUAGUUUACCUCCAUCGUUUAGCGAGGAUGACAGGGCUCUCACUGCCAUGAGUUCGAGAGGCCCUCAUACUGAUGCCCCGUUGGCAGAGCAAAGAAACGAGAGGUUACUCACUGGAGUGAGCAGUGGUACAUUGGAUGCAAUUAGAGAGAGAAUGAGGAGCAUCCAAUUAGCAGCAGCUUCUGGUAACCUCGAUUCUGGAAAUAAGCCACCGUUCUACACGAAUGGCAAUGUACCACAUGGACAUAUCCCGAAUGCAACAGAUAACUCGAGCAUGGAUGAUUCUGGACAGGCUGGAGUUCGUCCGAUGGACGAGAGGGCCCUGUCCGGCCUUCAAGCCCGUAUGGAAAGACUCAAAAGUGGGACUCUCGAGCCGCUAUAGGGAGCAGCAGUUGCAAGCUGUAAAUCGAUUUGUCCACCUUGUUAGGCGAGAUUGAGGACGUUUGCAAUACCAUCACAAGGCCUGCAAUUUGUUUCCAAUUGAACUGCCUAUCGAAAUAUGGCAGACUGAGUUUGUCCAGUGAAUUCGGCUCGGAGCCUACUUUAGGCAUUUUGUGCUCCCCAAUCACGCCGAAAUUUUGCAAUAUAGCACUUGGAGCAUGCUUGCUGUGUUCUGCAGUCUGACAGGUUCUUUGUAUAUGCUUAGGUUUUUUUCCGACACCUAUUUACCGUUGUCUUUUCCCUAAUCGAGUCUCUGUAUAUACUGAGGUUUCAUGGUUGUCCAAGCUUUGCUUCCUGUAUUUGAUUCUGUUAAAACCCGAUGGGAAAUAUACAUGCCUAGAAACAAAGUUUUGCUUCA